AUGAGCUCGGGUUUUACCAAGUCACUCGCCAUGACUUUUGUGUCUGAGAUUGGCGACAAGACGUUUUUCGCUGCCGCUAUUUUGGCGAUGCGCUAUCCGAGGAGACUUGUGUUGGCCGGUUGUCUAUCAGCCCUGGUUGUCAUGACUAUCCUCUCAGCUACUGUUGGAUGGGCUGCUCCAAAUCUGAUCUCUCGCAAAUGGACCCAUCACAUAACAACAUUGUUGUUCUUUGGUUUCGGCCUAUGGUCUUUGUGGGACGGUUUUAAACAAGGAGGAGGGAGUUCAGAAGAAUUGGCCGAAGUCGAAGCAGAACUGGAUUCUGAUUUGAAGGCUAAUGGUAAAACUACAAAAGAUAGGAGUAAGAUUGAAGAUGAAAACAAAAAGCAGAACAGGCCGUUCCUCACACAAUUCUUCUCUCCAAUUUUUCUCAAGGCAUUUUCGAUUAAUUUCUUUGGUGAAUUUGGUGACAAGAGUCAGCUUGCUACAAUUGGUUUGGCUGCGGAUGAAAAUCCACUCGGGGUGGUCCUUGGUGGAGUUGUGGCACAGCUAUUGUGCACCACUGCUGCUGUGAUUGGAGGAAAGAGCUUAGCUUCUCAGAUAUCCGAACGAAUUGUUGCUCUCUCUGGUGGAAUGCUUUUCAUUAUUUUUGGGAUCCAAUCAUUUCUUACUUCUGUUGAGGCCUGA